AUGAUAAAUAAUAAAAGAAAACGAUCAUAUAUCCAAGAUGAGCGGCAUGAAAAUAGCAACGAAAAUGAAUCUUAUGUAAAAUUAGAAAAUGAAAAAGAACAUGAUAAGGAUAUAAUUUAUGAUCAGAUUUAUUCAACCCCUAAAAAAAAUAAACCCCGAUGUUUAGUUAUAUCAAAUUCUACAGAUAAUUUAUUAGAAAAAUUUACAAACUUAUUAAAAAUUAAUAAUUAUGGAAUCGAAUUUAAAACUAAAUGGUAUGUACACUUAUUUAGAAUCAGUUUAUUCAAUGAAAGAUUAUAUGGACCAACACAAACAACUAUAUCUGGAAAAAAUAAAAAAGAAAAACAAAAUGAAGAAAAUAUAAACAAAUUAAUAUUAGAAUAUAAUGUUGAUGAAUUAUUAAAAAAUGUACAAAAAUUAAUUAUAAGAAAAUUAGAUUGUGAAAAUUUAUAUUAUCAAAAGAUAUUAGUUAUUAUUUGUUUAUUGUUCGAUUAUUUUCAAAAUAAAAAAUAUCAUAAUAUUAAAACUGUUAAACAUUUAGAAGGUGAAGAAGAAGAUACUAAAAACUCGAUAGAUGGUUUUGAAACAAAAAAUCCAUCAGAUACACAUAUUAAUAAUAAUUCUAAAAAAAAAAAUAAAUCAAAAAAAAGAUCCUUAGAAGCUACAAAAAAACAAACAUAUGGAGAUUCAGGAGAUGAUGCUACAAAUAAAGACAAACUAUCAGAAUAUUCCGAAAAAAAUGAAAAAAAUGAAAAAAAUGAAAAAAAUGAAAAAAAUGAAAAAAAUGAAAAAAAUAAUGAUAGUAAUAAUUUUAAACCUAUCGAUAUUAUAAAUAAUCAAAAAAAUUAUUACAUUAUCGAAUUUAAAAACAUUUUAUAUAAUGAAAAAAAAAAAUUUAAUAAUUUAGAAAUUUUUUAUCACAUUACAAAUUUGAUUAUCCAUAAAUAUUGGUAUUCACAAGAAUAUGCAUAUUAUAAUAUUUUUAUAUGGUUUUUAAAUUAUAUAAAUAAUAAAUUAGAAAUAAAAAAAUCUAUAAACAAUAUUAAUAAUAAGUUAGAAACCUUUAUUAAUUUACACCCUAAGAUCUUUAAUAUAUCACAUGCUAAAAAAAAAAGAAAAAAAAAUAAUUAUCACCAUAAUAACAAUAGUUAUAAUGAUAUUAAUUCAAUCACCCAUAAUAAUAGUCAUUAUUUUGAAAGUGGAAUUAUAGAUUAUCCAUAUAUUAAAAAUCGAUCUAAACAGUUGGGUGGUGGUUUUUCAAGUUUCACAAAUGCAUCAAACUCUGCAAAUAGUAGCAACAUGAGCAAUAACAACAUGAGCAAUAAUAACAUGAGCAAUAAUAACAUGAACAAUAACAAUAAUAAUACCUUUUUUGGGCUAAAUAAUUCGACUAAUAAUACAUUUAGUGGAUUUAAAAAUACAAACAAUGAUACAUCUACUAUUGGAACUACCUUUGGUUCUACUUUUAAAGGAUUUGGUCAAAAUAACAAUGCAAGCAUAUUUGGAAAUAACAAUAUAAUUUCUAAUUCAGCUUCCAAAAAUAUAGAAUCAGGUACUACUCUUUUCACAUCUACCAAUAAUACAACUACUUCUUUGUUUGGAAAUUCUAUAAAUAACAAUAAUAAUAAUAAUAACAAUAAUAACAAUAAUAAUACAAUUCCAAAAUUUCCUAGUUUAUUUUCUUCUAUCUCAUCUGGGUCGGCAAAUAAUAACAUAAACAGUGUUAGUAAUAACAUAAACAGUGUUAAUAACAACCCUUUUGGCUCUCAAUUAAAUAAACCCCUUUUUGGUAAUACUACACAUAUAGGGAAUAAUAUGAUGUCUAAUUUACAAAACAAAAAUGUUAAUUUAUUUGGGUCGAUAAAUAAUAAUGCACCGGGACAAAAUAAUUCAAAUAUUAAUACGACCCUAAAUAAUAAUAAUAAUAAUAAUGCACCCCUUUUCGGAUUUGAUAAAAAUAAUACAUCUAUUUUUGGAAACCAACCAUUACAAAAUACUGGAACCAAUACAAAUUUUAUCUCAACAUCUAAUAAUAAUGCAACUAACAAUAUAUUCUCUUUUAAUAAAGAUAGUCCAAAAAAAAUAUUCCAAACUCCACAAAUAAAUAAUUUAGAAAAAAAUAAUAACUCUACCAAUUUAUUAAAUACCACAACUAAUAAUGAUAAUAACACAACCCUUUUUGGACAAAAAAAUAGUGGAAUGGGGUUUUUUAAUUCUACAAUUAGUGGAAAUAUAAAUAAAGAUUUGUCAUUUAAUAAUAAAAAUGGAUUCGAAAAUGAUAUGUUAUUACAAAAAACGAAUAUGUUUUCAAAUACAAAACCUGCUGGUUCUAUAAAUUUUAUGACCACCACCAACAAUAAUAACAAUAAUAAUAAUGUGAUAAAUAAUAAUAGCAUGAUAAAUAAUAAUAACAUGAUAAAUAAUAAUAGCAUGAUAAAUAAUAAUAGCAUGAUAAAUAAUAAUAGCAUGAUAAAUAAUAAUAGUUUGAUAAAUAACAAUAAUAAUGUUUCCAAUUUAAGCACCAAUUCAGUUUCAUCUUUUAAUUUUGGAUCUACCAAUUCGAAUAAUAUCCUUGGAGGUUUAUCUUCAAAUUUAAAUGAACAACAAAAUGCAAAUAAUUUUAACAAUUUAUUUAAUACUGAUAAUGGUUCGAAAGAAUUAUUUAAGGAUCUAAAAAUUUCCAAUGAAUCUACAUCUAAAUUUACAGUUAAUAAAAAACCAUUAUUUUCUAGAAGACCUGUAAAAAGCAAUUUGCUUAUAUCUAAUUCAAUAACAUCAGAGAAUAAUAUAUUUAGUUCUACAUAUAGUAACAAAGAUAAUUUAUUAAAUAACCAAUCAAAACCUGUUAAAGUAAUUUUUGGACAAAAUGUAAAUACAUCUACAUCUACAUCUAUUACUAAUGAAAAUACAAACACUCCGAUAUUUGGAGGAUUAUCUAACACAACUACUAAUAAUACAAACAAUUCUACAUCUAACAAUACACUGAAUCAAAUAUCUUCAGUUCCUAACAAAGAAAAUCAAUCUAUAAUUUCGACUAUGGAUAAAGGAAAUAUAUUUAACCCUGAAAAUAAUAAAAAUAUGUUUUCAAACACAAAUAAAUCACCUUUUAAUUCGUCUAAUAAUAACACUACCAUCUUUGGUUCUACAAAUUGUAGUAAUGUAUUUGGAAAAUCUGAAAUUUCUAAUAUAUUCUCAACUUCUGGAAAUAAUAAUACUAUACCUAAUGCAAACACAAAAAACAAUGUAGAUGCAAAUGCAAAUGAUAACAACUUAAUAGGAACGAAUACUUCAAAUUCUGGAUUUGGAAAUACAUCUAUUUUUGGAUCAAAUGAAAUAAAUAAUAAUGAUCAAAAUAAUUCUCAAGGUAUUAAUUUUCCUGUUAAAAAAUUAACAUUAGAAGAAAGGAAAAAAAAAACAGCUAAAAAUAAUAUGCUUUCACUAUUUUCAGCAAAUACAAAUAUACCAACUCAAAAUUCUAUAAAACUAAAUGACACACCAUUAUUAAUUAGCAACAAUAAUAAUAAUAACAAUAAUGAUGAUAUAAAAAAAACAAAUAUCUUCCAAUUUAAAUCGACACAAUCUGAUAUAAACACUAAAACAGACACUUCAAUAUUUGGCGGGUUUAACAAAAGUAACAUAUUUGCUAUUGACAAAACUCAAGAAAAUUCUGGAGAAAAAAAAUUCAAAUUUGGAAAUGAUAACCUUUCUGCGAAUAAUACAAUUGCAUCUAUUUCAAAUGGGACUUUAUUUGGUUCUAUAAAUGACGAUAAACAAAAAACAUCUGAAAAUGUUCCUAAAACGUCUGAGAAUGUUCCUAAAACAUCUGAAAAUGAUUCUAAAACGUCUGAAAAUGUUCUUAAAACAUCUGAAAAUGAUUCUAAAACAUCUGAAAAUGAUUCUAAAACGUCUGAAAAUGUUUCUAAGCCAUCCAGCUUGUUUACCUUUGGAACUUUUGCUAAUAAGGAAAAUGCCGAAAAAAAAGACGAAAAAAAAGACGAAAAAAAAGACGAAAAAAAUGACGAAAAAAAUGACGAAAAAAAUGACGAAAAAAAAGACGAAAAAAAUGGCGAAAAAAAUGACGAAAAAAAUGACGAAAAAAAUGACACUACAAAAGAGCCAACCACAUUCAAAGGGUUUGGAUCGAUUUUGCAAAAUAAAAUAGAUGAGACGAACAAAAGUGCAAAUAAAAGUUUUAUUUUCGGAUUAGGAAUAAAAGAAAAAGAUAAAGAAGAAAAAAAAACAUCUCCUUUAACAUCUGAUAUAAAUAAAGAUGACAAUGCACUUACCACUCCAAAAUUCGGAUUUGCAAAUAAUAUAACAAAUAUUUCUAAUAACAUUUUCAACCUUGGAAAUAAUGAUAACAAUAAUAAUAAUGUUAAUGCAAAAUCGAGUAUAUUUCAUGAGCGCAAUGAAAAAGAGGAUGGAAAUGGAACAGGGUUAUUUGCAUCUAACACUAAUAUUGGUAAAUCAACAGAAACUACAAAUCUGUUUUCUUUUAAAUCUGAGAAAGAUACAAAUAACAUAUCCGGAAUGAACACAUUUUCUAGCACAAAUGUAAAUGAAAAUAAAAAUGAAAAUAAAAAUAAAGAAUCAGAUUUAACCAUAAAUUAUGAUAAUAUAAUAAGCCGAAAAAGAAGAAAAGAUGUAGAUGUAGAUUAUAAAGAUGAUAUUCAAAAUAUGAAUUUUGCAAAUGAAAAAAAUGGCGAAAAAAAUGGCGAAAAAAAUGGCGAAAAAAAUGGCGAAAAAAAUGGCGAAAAAAAUGGCGAAAAAAAUGGUGAAAAAAAUGGCGAAAAAAAUAAUAUGUUUUUAAAUGAUGAAGGUUUAUUUUUAAAAAAAAGUAAAAUAGGUAAUGAUCUAAAUUAUACUAAACACAUUUUAAAUAAAAUCAAAUUUGAUAACAUUCCUUCAAAAGAUAAAUUAAGUACAUCAUUUUCUGAAAAUGAAAACAAUAUAAAUAAUACAGAUCAAGCUGAUCAAAAUAUUUUUAAUAUUAACAUGUUAAUAUCUGACCAAAAUACCAAAGAAAAUACAUCCAAAAAUAAUAUUACAACAUCUACACUACUGAGCAAUGAACCAAACUUGAAUAAGCCCCAACAAAAUGAUGGCCAACAUGACGAUCAGCACGAUGAACAAAAUUAUGAACAAGAAUAUCGACAAAAUUAUGAACAAGAUUAUCGACAAAAUUAUCGGAAAAAUGCAAAUAAAAAAAACAAAAUAGAAGAAGAGAACCAAAUUGACUUUUAUGAAAAAAUGCGAAUUAAUGAAUAUCUUAUGAACAAUAAUUAUAAUAGCGAUAAAAAUGAUGAAAAUAAUAAAAAUCAUAAUUUUGAAAAAAAAAAUAUAAAUGUUAUUGAUAAAAAAAGUAUGAACAGAAUCAAAUCAUACAAUAAACAUAUUUCAUUUGAUUCCAUAGAUAUCGAUUUGGAUCGAGAUGUUAUAGAUAUUAAUGAAUUAAGACAAGAUUUAUUUUUAUGUGCCUUAAAUUUUCAUUUACAUUAUUGGGCAGAAAAAGUUAUAUUAUUUUAUCCUUAUAAUGAAAAAAUUAAUAAAUAUUGUACUGCAAUAAUUAAAAUAAAAAAUAAAUUUGACGAAACAUAUAAUUUUAAUUUAUUUGAAGAUAUUCAUCAUAUAUCAAGAAAAUUAUUAAAACGAUUAGACAAAAAUUCUUGUAUAUAUGAAAGUGUUUUAUUUUUAUCAGGAGAUAAUAUUCAAAUAUUAAAAAAUGCAAAGCUUUCUCUUUUUGAUGUUUUUAAUAUAUAUCAUUUUUGGAUUAAAAAAAAUAAUUCAAAUUUAAAAAAAAAUUUUCAAGAUUUUCUUUAUACUAAUAAAAUAUAUCCUUCUUAUUUAAAUUAUUAUAUGAGCCUUUAUAAAAAUUCAAAAUCUUUAAAUAAAAAAUUGAAUGAUUUAAAAGAAACCCGAACUAAAAUUAUUAAACCCUUAACACCGCAAAAUAAAUUAACAGAUAAUGAACAAACUCAAAAACAUUCUAAACCCUUUUUCUCUUUUUAUGAAAAAUUUUCUAAAUUUGCUUAUCCUAAACAAAAUACAAAAAAUGAUUUACAUAUUUCAAAUAAUUCUGAAUCAGAUCAUAAUUCUUCUUCACAAAACGAACAUAACAAUUCUCUUACUGACAACCAAGACUCAGAAUCUUAUUCAUCAAAUGAUGCCCAUACUCAAAAUACUGAAAAUACUCAAAAUACUGAAAAUACUGAAAAUGACACUAAUUCCGACUCUCAGGAAAAUAGUCAAAAUGAUGAAAACGAUGAAAAUGGUGAAAAUGACGAAAAUGACGAAAACGAUGAAAAUUCGGAAAAUCGAGUGGAGAAAAAAAAAAAAAAAAAAAAAUUCCCUGAAAAUAAUUUAGCAGAAAUUUUUAAUUCGGAUAGUAGUGAUGGUUCAAAUGUUUUAGAAAAUAAUUAUGAUGAUGAACCAUUUAAUAUGAAUAUUAAUGAGAAAUAUAUAUAUUUGCCAAAAGGGAAAAAAAGAAAAAAAAAAUUAUUUUUACCACCUCAUAUUAAAAUAAAAAAACUUACUCCAUGUGAAUGCAUACUAUUAGAACUUAUUUUAAAAGAUAAUGUGUUAAAUGUAUUAAAAAAAUAUAAAUUAUUUAAAAAAGAAAAAUAUGAAUAUUUAUAUGUAAAUCUGAUCGCAAUGCUAAAACAUUAUAAUUAUUUUUCUACAGAUAAAUAUGAAGAUACUAAUGUUGAAAAUGGAAAUAACAAUCAUUCAAAUAACAUUCUUAAUAAUAAUUUAAAAAAUAAAAAACAUCAUCAAUAUAUGAACAAUGUAGAUAAAGGAAGUAACUUAAAACGAAUUGCUAACUGUCUUGAAACAAAUUGUAAUAACAUCAAAAAUGAUAAAAUAAAUAUUUUGAAAAAAAUAUGUGAUAAAAAUUUAUUAUAUUAUAUAAAUUUACAAUUAAAAAAUAUUGCACACUUACUUAAUUAUAAAGAAAUCGAAAUCGCUUGCACAUAUUUGAAUCAUAUAAAAAACAAUUUAUUUGUAAUUUUUCAAAUUCCAAUCUUAUUAUUUAAUGUAUUAUAUGAUAAACUUAUAAAAUCUUACAAUGAUUUUAGUAUUAUGGAUAAUUAUUUUAAUAAUUCUCUUUUAUAUAAAGAUUUUAGAUAUGAAUAUAUAUUAAAAACAAAAAUUGCAUAUAUGUUAUUAAAUAAAUUUAAUGAACAAGAUGAUAUAGAAAAUUGUAUAAAAUUUGCAAUAUAUUUUGAUAAUAAUAGAAUAAAAGCACAUAAAAAUAAUAUAUAUAACGAUUAUAUAUUUCAUAAAAAUUUAAUUAAUUCUUAUAUUAACGUUCAUGAAAAUAUUGUACCUUCUGAAUGGAUUCAAGCUAAAUAUGCAAAAAAUGGAGAAUUAAAUGACAUGAACGAUUCAGAAUAUUUAGAUUAUUAUUCUUUUUUUUUCAAAGAUAUAUCAAAAUAUAUCAAGCUAAGUAUUAUUGAUAAAAUUAUUAAUUCAAAUAUAUUUAGUUUGCAUAAAGAAAAUUACACAAUUUGUCAAUCAUCAGAAGAUCGAGAAGAUACAAAUAAAAAAUAUAAAUCAAAUAAUGGAACAAAUGUAGGAAAUAAUUCAAAAUUUCCUAAUAAUAAUAAUACUAACGAAAAUAAUGAAACUAGCCAAAAUGAUAUCGAAAAAAAAAAAAAUAAAUUUGCAUGUUAUUUUAUGUACAUGGUCAGGCGAUCUAUUAUGGAUGAUGUUGUAAAUAUUUAUUCUUCAAAAGGAGAAUAUUUUUAUAAAAAAUUAUUGACAACAUUAGUAAAUAAUAACUUUACAAAAGAUUAUGAAAAAUCUCAUAAUAAACAUUUUCAUAUGUUUAUUCAAGUUGCAAACAUAAAUAUAUUUAUGAAAAAUGUUUUUUUUGAAUAUAUAAAUUUUUUUAAAAAAAAAGAAUUAUAUAAUAUUGAAAAAAUAAAAAAUGAAGAUGAAAUUAUGGAUAACUUAGUUAAUGUUGUUAAGGUUAAUGGAAGAAAUUUCUUUGUUGUAAUAAAUACACUAGCUGAAAUUGUUACUAAAAUUGAAAAAAAUAUUGUAAAAGAUGUUAAUAUACAUAUACUUAUUAAUUUAAGAAAUAUAAUAAUCGACACUUUUUACUUAUUUAAAUAUGUUUUUAAUAAUCGAGAAUUUUCAUUAAGUCUUAUCGAAAACCUUUACAGAAAUGUUCUCAAUUUUAACGACACAAUUAAUUCAUUCUUUUCUGAUGAUGUUAAUUUUUAUCCAAAAGAACAAAUAAAAGAUUUGUACACACACAUAAGACAUAAAUUUACUAGCCAAAAUGUCUUAAACUAG